AUGCCACCUCCUCUUCCUUCUCCGCCGCACCAGCAGCCGCCGCACCAGCAGCAGCAGCAGCAGCACCAACUGCACCAGCCGCACCAGUCGCACCAGCAACAACCCCGACGACUGACCAUCUCCACGACGGACGUCAGCGCACUGAUUCCGCCGCAGGACAAACUGCUCGUGUUCCGAGCGCUGACAGGCAUCGACAGCAUCCCGGCGCUGACGACCCUACACCACUACCGGCGCACGGCGCCCAACAUCGGGAUCUACACGCGGGUGGUGCGGGCGGAGCACUCGGCGGCGGCGCGGUACCGGUUCUUCAGCGUGCUGAUCAACGUGUGCCUGGGGAUCCAGAUCGUGGUGGCGGCGGCGCUGACGGCGCUGGGGGCGGCCAGCGGGCCGCACUCGGCGGUGACGGCAUUCGGGGCGAUCAACACGAUCAUGGCGGGCGUGCUGACCUACCUCAAGGGCUCGGGGCUGCCUGACCGGCUCAAGCACUACCAGAACGAGUGGCGCAACAUCCGCGAGUAUAUCGAGCAGCGCGAGCGCGAGCUGUGCCUCAGCGGCUGCGAGUUGGACAUCCAGGAGGAGAUCCACAUCAUUGAGCACAUGUACGAGGGCGUCAAGCGGGAAAUCGACCAGACGAAGAGCACGGAGAACCGCUCCGCCCCGCGCGAGGGCGGCGGGUAUCAUCGUCGCUCGUUCUAUCCGCAGCACCAUCGACCGCAGGGUGGGGGUUAUCCUUCCUCGCAGCCGCGCUCACCACAGCAGCCGCAGCCGCAGCCACUGCAUGUCGGUGACCCGAGUGUAGUGGAAAGGGUGCGGAGUCCAGCCCCGACCUUGGAGAAACCUUAA